AUGGCAGACUUUGGGCUGUAUGAGUACCAGGAGGAGGUGGUUCAGAGGGCUCUCCGGGGGGAGAACGUCAUCAUCUGGCUGCCCACCGGAGGAGGAAAGACACGGGCUGCUGUGUACGUGGCCAAAAAACAUCUGGAGAAUAACCCUGGAGCUAAGGUGGCUGUGCUGGUCAACAAGGUUCAUUUGGUUGACCAACACUACAACAACGAGUUCAAACCCUACCUGGGUCGGGACUAUAGCCUGGUGUCUAUCAGUGGGGACUGUGACCAGAAAGACUUCUUUGGCUGCGAGGUCAAGAACUCUGACCUGGUCAUCUGUACAGCACAGAUACUGGAGAAUGCCCUGACCAACCAGGAGGAGGGAAAACAUGUCGAGCUCUCACAGUUCACUCUGCUGAUCAUUGAUGAGUGCCACCACACUCAUAAGGAGGGUGUCUACAAUAAGAUCAUGGGGCGCUACGUGGCCCAGAAGUUGAAGGGGGAGAGGCGGCUGCCGCAGAUCCUGGGCCUCACUGCCUCUCCUGGGACAGGGGGAGCCAAGAGCAUCAAAGGAGCUGUGGAGCAUGUGCUGCAGAUUUGUGCCAACCUGGACUCAGUGAUUGUGUCGUCUAAAGUGUACGCCCCUGAGCUGAAGAAAAAGGUCCCCAGACCCAGGAAAAGGUUUGACAUCGUUGACAGAAGACCUCAGGACCCAUUUGGGGAUCACCUGAAGUUCAUGAUGCAGUUUAUCCAUGACUUCAUGGCCUUAGGGCCUGACUUUCCUGUCAGGGAGUUUGGCUCGCAGGAGUACGAGGCAGACGUGGUGAUUCUGGAGAAGAAGGGUGUGACAGACAGGAACAGACUGCUGGCCCAGUGUGCUCUCCACCUGCGUCAGUACAACGACGCUCUGCUCAUCAACGACACUGUGCUCAUGGUGGAUGCCUUUAGGGUCCUUGAGUCCUACUAUAGUACCAAGACCUCCACCGCCACGGAUGGAACCGACUUCUUCCUGCUUGGACUCUACCAGGAGAACGAGGUGGAGCUGAGGAAGCUGGCAGGCGAUGCCCAGUUUGAAAACCCUAAGAUGGAGAAGCUUCAGAACACCCUGCUGGAGCAGUUUGACCAGGGUGAGCACUCCAGAGGCAUCCUGUUCUCCAAGACCCGUAAAAGCACCCACUGCUUGUAUGACUGGGUGUCCAACAACCCAGCACUGCAGCGCGCUGGUAUCAAGGCAGCCAUUCUGACUGGCGCUGGCAAUGGUAUCAAUUACAUGACCCAGAAUGAGCAGAAGGACACAAUCCGCAACUUCCGCCUGGGCUCCCUCAACCUCCUGAUCUCCACCAGCGUAGCCGAGGAGGGCCUGGACAUCCCAGAAUGCAACCUGGUGGUGCGCUAUGGGCUGCUGACCAAUGAGAUCGCACAACAGCAGGCCAGUGGCCGGGCUCGGGCGAGUGACAGCGUUUACUCUGUGGUGGCCCAGGCGGGGGGGCGGGAGGUGCGUCGGGAACUCCUCAAUGAAUGUCUGGAGGACUUGACUGGCAGGGCCAUCGGCGAAGUGCAGAGGAUGGAGCCCAGGGAGUUCCAAAUGAAGAUCACUGAUCUCCAGACAGAAGCGUUGUUGUCCAGACAGUUGGCAGAGCAGUUGAAGAUCAAGAAGAGGAGUCGUUUCAGUGCUGCUACGGUUCAGCUCUCGUGUCGAGACUGUUUUGUGCUCGUGGCCUUCGGCAAUGACAUUAAAGUCAUUGAAAACGCACACCAUGUCAACAUCAACCCGGACUUUGAGAGGUACUAUAAGACCGGUGGGCAGCCCCCACUGAAGACUUUCGAGGACUGGGAGCCUGGCCGUGUGAUCAGCUGUGCUGCCUGUGGCAAGCAAUGGGGAAGGGAAAUGGUAUAUAAGGAGAUUGCCCUGCUGCCCAUUCUGGCCAUCGAGAACUUUGCCAUGGAGACUCCGGAGGGAAGAAAAUUAGCCAACAAGUGGAAGAAGGUUGAGUUUACAGUGGAGGAGUUUAACUUCAACACGUACUGUCGUGACAAAUUCCCUGACAUGUUCGAUUGAUACGCUGUUACACUGGAUGAAGGACUAGGACUGGGGUUUUCAUGGUGUUUCCACCUCGUACUGUUUUCACCUUUCCACUAAUCUUCUCUUCCUUUCUCUGUCUGUCAGUCUGUGUUGCUUAGUCUAGACGACCAUUGUGUUACUUAUGCAUGAUCCUGAAGUGUGUCAUAGUCCUAUUUUUGUGUUUUUUUCUCCUUUAUUUAACCAGGUAGGCUAGUUGAGAACAAUUUGUCAUUUACAACUGCGACCUGGCCAAGAUAAAGCAGUGCGACA